UCCAACCCUCAUCACAUCCCUUUCAAUUCAGAAAAAUGGUCUUCAAGGUCGCUGAUGCUUCUCUCGCUGCGUUUGGUCGCAAGGAGAUCGAAAUCGCAGAGGGCGAGAUGCCUGGUCUUAUGUACCUCAGGAAGAAGCACGCUGCUGCUCAGCCCUUGAAGGGUGCUCGUAUCGCCGGAUGCCUCCACAUGACCAUCCAAACCGCCGUCCUCAUUGAGACUUUGACCGCUCUCGGUGCCGAGGUUACCUGGUCGUCCUGCAAUAUCUUCUCCACCCAAGACCAUGCCGCUGCUGCCAUCGCUGCGACCGGUGUCCCCGUCUUCGCCUGGAAGGGUGAGACCGAGGAGGAGUACAACUGGUGCAUCGAGCAAACCAUUGCUGGCUUCGAGGGUGGCAAGCCCCUUAACAUGAUCCUCGACGACGGAGGUGACCUCACCACCAUUGUCCACGAGAAGUUCCCACAGUACCUCCAGGGCAUCAACGGUGUUUCUGAGGAAACUACCACUGGUGUUCACCACCUGUACAAGGCUUUCCGUGAUGGCAAGCUUAAGAUCCCCGCCAUUAACGUCAACGACUCCGUCACCAAGUCCAAGUUUGACAACUACUACGGCUGCCGCGAAUCUCUCGUCGAUGGUAUCAAGCGUGCCACUGACGUCAUGCUUGCUGGCAAGGUUGCCGUCGUUGCUGGCUAUGGAGAUGUUGGCAAAGGGUGCGCCGAGUCCCUCAAGUCUUACGGUGCCCGCGUCCUCAUCACCGAAAUCGACCCCAUCAACGCUCUCCAAGCUGCCAUGGCCGGUUACGAGGUCACCACCAUGGAGGAUGCUGCUCACCGCUCCAACGUCUUCGUUACCACCACUGGUAACAGGGACAUCAUCACUGGUGCUCACUUCUCCGUCAUGCCCGAAGAUGCCAUUGUUUGCAACAUUGGUCACUUUGACGUUGAAAUCGACGUCGCCUGGUUGAAGGCCAACGCCAAGUCUGUCUCCAACGUUAAGCCCCAAGUCGACCGCUUCACCAUGCCCAACGGCCGCCACAUCAUUCUCCUUGCUGAGGGUCGUCUUGUCAACCUCGGAUGCGCCACUGGCCACCCCUCCUUCGUCAUGUCCUGCUCCUUCGCCAACCAGGUCUUGGCCCAGAUUGCCCUCUGGACCACCCCUGAGAAGUUCCCUCUUGGCGUCCACAUCCUCCCCAAGGACCUCGACGAGGAAGUUGCCCGUGCCCAUCUCGCCCAGCUCAACGUCAAGUUGACCACUCUCAGCGAGACCCAGUCCAAGUACCUCGAUAUCCCUGUCAAUGGCCCUUACAAGCCUUCGCACUACCGCUACUAAUUGAGUAGCAAGGUGCCCGUAGUCAUCGACGGCCUCAACGAGCCCUCGCCAAUCAGACGGGAGAAUGGGAUCUUCAACGUCCUAAUGAGUGGAUGUUUACGUGAUUCGUUCAGAAGAGUCGUUAUUUAAUGAUGCUCUCGGUCGGAGGCAGGGACACUGCAUCAGUCUUAACACACUGAAAGGAGGUCUGGGGUUCGACGCUGUGUGGGCUAGUUUGUUGUUUAUAGUCGGCACCCUGGAAAUUCUGUACGCGGUGAUGUAUGAGUAGGAGGGCCUCAACGCCUUGAAAAAAAAAUCUAUCAUUUGGACGACUACAUACAGCUUGUGUCAAUGUGUGUUCAGAAAACAGUGUUCUUGCCAAGUUGUUCUGAA